CCCGCCGCAUCCCCGAGCGCUCACGAGUCUCCCAGGAAGUCAUGGAAGCGGAUGCGGCCCUGCGUGGUGUCCGCCUCGAAGUUGGGCGCUUCAUCCCCCAGCAGCAGUCCCGGCAUGUCUGCAGCUCCCGGUGCAAUUCCCGGUGCAGCUCCCGGUGCAGCUCCCGGAGCCGCUGCCGCCCCCUCUGCGCCUGCGCGCCGCCGCCGCCCCCUGCGCGGCCACGUGAGCGGCGGGCACGUGACGGCGCUGAGGCGGCGGCGGUGAUGGCGACCUACGUGAGCGAGCUGGAGGCGGCCAAGAAGAGCCUCAGCGAGGCGCUGGGCGAGAACGUGAAGCAGUACUGGGCCAACCUGAAGCUCUGGUUCAAGCAGAAGAUCAGUAAGGAGGAGUUUGACCUGGAAGCGCGCAGGCUUCUCACGCAAGACAAUGUCCACUCUCACAAUGAUUUCCUCCUGGCUAUUCUCACCCGGUGCCAGAUCUUGGUUUCUGCCCCAGAAGGUGCUGGAUCCCUGCCAUGGCCAGGUGGCUCUGCAACUAAACCUGGAAAACCUAAAGGGAAGAAAAAGAUUUCUUCUGUUCGCCAGAAGUUUGAUCACCGGUUCCAGCCUCAGAACCCGCUGUCGGGAGCCCAGCAGUUCGUGGCAAAGGAUCCUCAGGAGGAUGAUGAUUUGAAGCUGUGCUCUCACACCAUGAUGCUCCCAACACGUGGCCAGCUGGAAGGGAGGAUGAUUGUCACUGCCUAUGAGCAUGGGCUGGACAAUGUCACUGAGGAGGCGGUGACAGCUGUUGUUUAUGCUGUGGAGAACCACCUUAAGGACAUUCUGACCUCUGUGAUAUCCAGGAGGAAAGCCUAUCGUCUGAGGGAUGGCCAUUUCAAGUAUGCCUUUGGAAGCAAUGUCAACCCUCAGCCAUAUCUGAAGAACAGUGUUGUUGCUUAUAACAACUUAAUUGAGUGCCCCCCGAGCAGCGCGACGCCCUCGGCGGGUCAGGGCCUGGCCCCCCCUCCCGCUCCUGACGAUGCUGAGCAGCAGGCAGCCCUGCUCCUGGCCUGCUCUGGGGACACCCUGCCAGCAUCCCUGCCUCCAGUCAACAUGUACGACCUCUUUGAGGCUCUGCAGGUGCACAAAGAAGUGAUCCCUGCACACACAGUCUAUGCUCUAAACAUUGAGAGGAUUGUCAUGAAACUCUGGCACCCAAACCACGAGGAGCUGCAGCAGGACAAGAUCCACCGGCAGCGCCUGGCGACCAAGGAGGGCCUCCUGCUCUGCUAGAGCUGGGCAGCCCUGCCAGCCCUCAGGUGGCUCCAGCCUCCUCCUGGCACUUGUCAUUUUGGAUGCUCCUUACAAACCUGUGUCAGCAUCUCCAGGAUGAUGUGAUUUAUGAGUCAGCUUUUCCUAUGGAAACAGGACUGAGUGGUGGGACACUUCUCUGCUUCCCCAGAGUCAUGUGCCCUGGAGUACUUGCAGCAGUGCCACUGAACUGGUAAAGAGAAACAAGACACGUUUGCAAGGACUGUUUUUAGGAAAAAUAAACGUGAGAGUGGAAAGAGUUGGUUUUAAA